GACAAUUUCCAUUUCUUCCCUUGUCAUGUCUAGUAUUACACCCAAUAACCCACCAUUCCCUGCUUACAGAGCUAGCAACAAGGAAAGCUUUGCUCACGAUACAGUUAUAAGAAGAUGGCCUAUUAUCAUGGACAGCGCCAUUACCGAUGUCAAGCAAAGUAUCGCAGAAGAAAAGAAUGAAGCGCGUGCUCAAGAAGGUUUAAGCAUCAUCAAGUUGAUUGAAGAAAUUAAGCAAGAGCUUCUCGACGAUAAAGAAUUGAGACCCAUUCAUGAUGACAAGGCCGAUACCAAGAAAUGGAAUGAGGACUUGACCAAGUAUUUCUCUGGUGCCACAUGGAUGAACGGCACCUGGUUGUUCAACGAAUGUUAUAUCUACCGUAGACUUGCAGAAAUUUUUAACAACUCCCAACACUGGGUCGAUUAUGAUUGCUUUGAACGUCAAAAGAAUGACACCUUUAAGGGAUCACAUGGCGCUGUAUUUGAUUUAGCGCUCAAGAUGCCCGAAUUGAUUACACCCAUGAGUGAAGAAAAGCUCGAGAUUGUGUAUCAUGAGCUUGUACAAGUCUGUCUUUGGGGUAAUGCUACUGAUUUGAGUUUAUUGACCAAUAUGUCCCAACAAGACAUUCAACGUCUUCAAGCCAUCGAAAAGGAUCUUUUAGCCGAAAGAAGAAAGUUCAUCCUCGUGGAUGAUUCCGAGAAAUUAUGGGAAAAGAUCAAGCAUAUGGAUGGAGGUCGUGUUGAUUUUGUAUUGGAUAACUCUGGAUUUGAAGUUUACGUUGAUAUGAUCUUUGCUGAUUGGUUGUUACAAUCCAAGAAGGCUAGCAAGAUCGUCCUCAACUGUAAGACCAUGCCUUGGUUUGUCUCUGAUGUGAUGCCCAAAGACAUGCCCAUGAUGUUUGAGAACUGCUUGGAUCGUGAUUUCUUUCCUGGUAAAGAAACCAGAAGUCAAAAGGAUGUGGAUGCUUUAGAGACCAUGGUUAAGAGAUGGCAACAAUACGUUGUCUCUGGUCAAUUAGAAGUUCGCUCUGACGAUUUCUGGUGUUCGGGGUUAUCUUAUUGGUAUAUGGAAUCAGAUGCACCCGAAUUAUUCAAGGAAAUGAAGGAAAAUUCAGACCUUGUCAUUUAUAAGGGAGAUCUCAACUUUAGAAAGUUAGUCUUUGAUUGUGACUGGCCCGUUACCACUCCUUUCAAGGAAGCGAUUGGUCCUUCCAUGGCAAAUAAUUUUACUAAUAUUAUUACUUUGCGUACUAAUAAGGCCGAUCCCGUGGUUGGUCUCACUGAAGAAACUAAAUUAGAUAUUGAAAGUAGAGCCACUAGAGAAGAAUGGCGUUUCAGUGGAAAAUAUGCUGUUGUAGAAUACAAUUAAUAAAAUGCUUUAAAUUAUUUAUUUAU